AUGCUUUCCGCGCUUCGUACCGCCGGUGCGACGGCGUCGCGUCGUUUUGCUGGAACUCAAGCGAUCGCCAGCAGCAGUGAGGCUCCGAAGGGUAUGGCAACCACCGGUACCCCAUUUUUAAACCCAUCAUCGAAGGCGGAAUACGCGUUGGCUCGUUUGGAUGACGUCAUGAAUCUUGCACAGCGCGGCUCAAUUUGGCCAUUGACGUUCGGAUUAGCAUGUUGUGCCGUCGAAAUGAUGCACUUCGCUGCUCCACGAUACGAUAUGGAUCGUUACGGAGUUGUGUUCCGUGCUUCACCGAGACAGGCCGAUUUGAUUUUCGUCGCUGGAACUGUCACAAAUAAGAUGGCCCCAGCAUUGAGAAGAAUCUAUGAUCAGAUGCCGGAAGCCAAAUGGGUGAUUUCAAUGGGAUCAUGCGCCAACGGAGGUGGAUAUUAUUACUACGCGUAUUCUGUGUUGCGAGGAUGUGAUCGAGUCAUUCCUGUUGAUAUCUACGUCCCUGGAUGCCCACCAACUGCCGAGGCGCUUCUUUAUGGUGUUCUUCAACUACAAAAGAAGAUCAAACGCAAGAGGGAAGCUCAGCUUUGGUAUCGUCGCUAG